UCCUCCUGCCAUCAGGGUUUCUCCUCAUCCUCCUGGUGCAACUACUCGGCCUACUCUUCCGCCUCCAGGCACCACGUGGACCACCAGCCCGUCCCCUAUCUCACCCCGGCCGACGACCGGGGGAGGGUUGCUGCUGCCGCCGCCAUGGUGGCCGAAACCGCCAGUUUUCACCACGAUGCCGCCGGAUACGGACUCAGAAAUUACGGGCCGGAACCUGUUCCAUCCACGCCGUACCCUCCACCAGGUUCGCUGGGCUCGAUGGGUGUGAGCGUACCAUGUGGGACGAGCGGCAACCCAUUGGAAUGGACCGGUCAGGUGACGGUGCGGAAAAAACGCAAGCCGUACUCGAAGUUCCAGACUCUGGAGUUGGAGAAGGAGUUCCUGUUCAAUGCGUACGUGUCGAAACAGAAACGAUGGGAGUUGGCGCGAAAUUUGAAUCUAACGGAGCGGCAAGUGAAGAUAUGGUUCCAGAAUCGGCGGAUGAAGAACAAGAAGAAUUCUCAGCGGCAGGCGGCGCAGCAACAGAACAACAACAACGCCGCCACCAACAACCAGAACCACCACCACCACGCCGGCCACCACAUACACGCGCAGCAUCACGUGGUGAAUCACCACGUGGCUUCCAACGGCAGUCUCAAGCACCACCAGUGACCUAUGGCUUUUUCCGGGGUUGUGUUAGGCCACGGGUUGGCCGCGGCGCCCUAAGACUGAUAAGGGGUGCAACCCUGGAACGAACGCUUCUUUGCAGUGCCAAAGAGUUAUUUAGGAAAUAUUCAUAGGUAUGUGACGGACUUGUGGACUUUUCUUUUCGAAUUAGGGCCUGUGCAAAUUUUUUGGUGCAAAGCACUUGAGGUACCGGAUUUUAUUAUGUACCUAUUAUUAUUGUACGUGAUGUAAGACUUCUUGUACAUAAAAUGUCGACUGUCGUUGUCAUAGAUUGUAAUUCGUUGGUAAAUCUUAAACAAAAUGUAAUCAAUGUUGCCUGUAGUUCAAUGUGUAUAGUAAAUUAUUGCAGGUAUAGAAAUGCUAACUUUACCAGCCAUACUUUCCCUCAUGUGUUACUUAAGUUUUUAUCUGCCCACACUUUAUGUAUAUAAUUAAAAAAGUACUAUUUAGGUACCUGUAAAUCUGUGGCUUGUUGUAUACGGUUGAUGCAAAAAUUUUUAUUUUUCGUUGACAGUUUUUUAGUUGAUCUAAAUAUAUUGCUUGGUGUAAUGUCACUUACUACUGUAAUAUAUUUUGAAAAAAAAACUUCUCUAGAAAUCCGAAUUUUAUUAAUAUUAACUAUUAAAACAUGUACUAACUGACCUAAGAAAUAGGUUUUCUUCGUCGCGUGUCUGUAUCAAAACAUAAAGGAAUUUUUAUUAUUCCACUAGAUAAAAGAAAAUGUGUAUAUACCUACUCUUCGACUUGAAAAAUGUUAUUUCUAAUAGAAAAAAUUAUUUUAUUUUUACGUGAUUAUUGACACAUUUUUUUAGAGUAAGUGAACGCAGUUUCGUGUUCAUUUCCAACGCCAGUCUUUGAAAUUUUUUAAAGUGAUCUCAGACUGGCCAUACCUACUGUUAUACUUAGUUAUUACAAAAAAAUAUUUAUUGACGACGUUUUGCAAUUAGACUUUUAAAUUUAUGUAAUUUUUUUCUACCUAAAUGUUUUUAUUAUGACUUUUGUAUUUUUACUUGUUGUGUUCAAAAUACAUAUUGUUGUGUUUAUGUAUGUAUAUGUAUACACAUAAAUAUUAUUAAGUAUCCCUUAAAUGUGUUUUAUAAACAUCCAUUUAUGUUUUGUUUUAUAUUGUACAAUGUAAGUUACUCUAUUAAUAAAAAGUUCAAUUAUUAGGCACCUUCGUUAAUCAAAAAACAAAGACAGAAAACAAUGACAUCAUGGAUUCUUACAAACAAAAUUGGCAGUACUUAGAUUUUAUAGAUAAAUAAAUAAAUGAAUCAUUAACAGAAUAGUUAACACGGUCUCUAACAGCAGUCUAGUGUGCGUGACGAAAUUUCAUAUUCAUACCUAAGUCAGAUAAACGACUGAGUGAGAUAGAAAGAUGCGCCAUUGCUGUAUUA